AAUUUAGUAUGUUUUGAAAGUUCAAGGAAACCCUGGUGGCAUAGUGGUUAAGUGUUCCGGCUGCUAGCCAAGAGAUCAGCAGUUCAAAUCCACCAGGCGCUCCUUGGAAACUCUACAAGGCAGUUCUACUCUGUCCUAUAGGGUCGCUAUGAGUCGGAAUCGACUCAAUGGCAGUGGGUUUUGGUUUUGAAUGUUCAUAGUUUGAAAUAUGUAGUAUAUUGAUAAAAGUUUUUUUUAAGUUUUUUUAUAAGCUAGCUAUUUACUGUGAUCUAGGCUAAUAGUAAUGUGAAAGUUGGUCAGUAAUUACCUUUAAAUGUAAAUCAAUGUGUGGAAUAGAUUCAGCAUUCUCUUUUAGAAUUAUUUGUAGGGAUUGCUUUUAUUUUUUAUUUGAUUUGAUUUUUGAAUAUAGAAACUAUUUUAUGAUUUCUCUUUAAAAAUUACAUAAUGUAAGAGUUAGCUUUUGCUGAGUAACAAACCACCCCAAAGUGCCUUGAAAUAAGCGUUUAUUCUUUCUUGUGAUUUUGUGGGUUAGCUAAGUGGUUCUUCUGGUUUGGGCCAGAGAAUGUAGGCUGGCCUCAUUCACAUGUUCUGGGACCUCACCUGGGAAGGCUGGGGUGGCUGAGGUCUCUUUCCACCUGGUUCCUCAUUCUCCGGGAGGCUAGCCCAGGCUUUUUCACAUAAUGGUGGAACAGUUCCCAGCAACAAGCACAGGGCUUUUUCAAAUGUCUAUUUCCCUCACAUUUGCUGAUGUCUCAUUGGCUGAAGAACUCCAUAGAGCUUAGUCUAAAUUCAAGGGGUGGAGGUAUAGACUUCACCUUUUGAUGGAAGGAGCAGUGAAGCCAUAUUUCAAAAAGGCAUGCAGAUAGGGAUGGGAAGAAUUGGUGGCCAUUUUGCAAACAUAUUACACAGAUAACAAGGUGUAUUUGGAGUAACCUUGCUCUCAUUCUUGUCCCUCGCUCUCUGCUCUAUUCUUCUACAACCUGUUGCCAUCGAGUUGAUUCCAACUCAGAGCAACCCUAUAGGACAGAGUAGAACUGCCCUCAUGGGGUUUCCGAGGAGCGGCUGGUGGAUUCAAACAGCCGACCUUUUGGUUAGCAGCUGCUCCCUUAACCACUGAGCCACCAGAGCUCCAUUUCUUCUAGAUCAGGCUUUUCAGGUGAUUACAGUUGCAAAGGAAACAGGCCUUGGUCUGAAGAUCCUAGGAGGAAUUAACCGCAAUGAAGGUCCCCUGGUAUAUAUUCAAGAAAUCAUUCCUGGAGGAGACUGUUAUAAGGUUCUAACUUUUAAACAGGUUCGGAAAUUCACAUGAUCAGUUAAGAACUUAUUCUAGGAGGCGAAGGAGGAAAAAAAACUACUGUGAAUACUUUUUAGACAGAAAAAAUGCAUAAAUACUGGAAGCCACAGUCAGAAGUCAUUAUUAUUUCUCUUGUCUCUGACUCUGUCCUCCUGGAAAAUGUUCCUUCAACACAUCAGUGUGCUUUAAUACAAGGAAAUCUUCAGCAAAAGGAAGUAAUUGUCAAUACCAAGAAUAUUUGAAUUAAAAUGAAAUAACCUAACAUUUGCUUUUUGCUGUCCCAAUUCUGGGGCCCUGGUGGUGCUACGCUUAAAAGCUCAGCUGCUAACCAGAAGGUCAGCAGUUCAAAUCCACCACGUGCUCCUUGGAUACCCUAUGGGCCAGUUCUACUCUGUCCUAUAGGGUUGCCAUGAGUCAGAAUCGACUUGAUGACAAUGGUUUUGGUUAUUUAUUUUUAUCUCAAUUCUAAAAGAAACUUUCUGGUGAAGAGUAAGUCAGUAUACAAUACUGGGGAAACCAGCACAACCUGUACAAGGAUGGACGUUUGAAGCCAGGAGAUCAGCUUGUCUCAAUAAACAAGGAAUCAAUGAUUGGUGUAUCAUUUGAAGAAGCAAAAAGCAUAAUUACCAGAGCCAAGUUGAAAUCAGAAUCUGAUUGGGAAAUAGCAUUCAUAAGACAAAAAUGUGAUGGCAAUCGCCCAGACAAUCCAUCACGUACAUCCAUUUUACCAGCUUCAGGAGAACACGGACCUCAGACCUCAGCCUUCAGCCUUCUGUCUUCUCCUGAAAUACUCAUUCUAAAGACCUCAUCCACCCCUAAAACAAAAGAUGCCAUUUUACCUUCUUUUAAGACAAGUCAGAUAAAAACUGGAUACAAAAAAACAGAACAGACUCCAAUUACUCCAUCAGACAGCAGCCCUACGGGUAUGUCUAAUAAAGGUAUUGCCCCUGCCUGGAUGGAUAAUUCUGGAUCACAAGCAAAGAAGAUUUCCCUAAAUCCCUCUGUUCGCCUUAAGGCAGAGAAACUGGAAAUGGCUCUAAAUUAUCUUGGUAUUCAGCCCACGGAGGAACAGCAUCAAGCCUUGAGACAGCACGUGCAAGUAGAUUCAAGGGGAACAGUGUCUUUCGGAGAUUUUGUCGAGGUUGCCAGAAAUUUGUUUUGCCUGCAGCUGGACGACAUAAAUGUUGGUGCACAUGAAAUUUCUGACAUACUAGAUGCACAGCUUCUUCCCUGUGAUUCUUUAGAAGCAGAUGAAAUGGAAAGGCUUAAGCGUGAAAGAAAUGAUGCUAUGGACGAAGUGAAUACACUUAAGGAAAAAUUAUUUGAAUCAGAAAGGCAGAGGAAACAAUUGGCAGAAGAACUCCAGAAUGUGAAACAAGAAGCCAAAGCUGUAGUUGAAGAAACAAGAGCCCUCCGAAGUCGGAUUCAUCUUGCUGAAGCCGCACAGAGGCAGGCGCAUGGCAUGGAAAUGGACUAUGAAGAAGUAAUCCGUCUGUUAGAGGCCGAGCUCACAGAGCUAAAGGCUCAGCUUGCUGAUUAUUCUGACCAAAAUAAAGAAAGUGUUCAGGAUUUAAGAAAGAGAAUUGCAGUACUUGACUGCCAAUUGCGAAAAUCAGAAAUGGCUUGUAAAACUUUUGAGGCAUCCACUGAAAAACUUCUUCAUUUCGUAGAGGCUGUUCAAGAAGUAUUUUCUGAUAAUUCUGCUUCCUUAUCAAAUUUAAGUGAAAGAAGAGCUCUGUUAGCUUCUCAGACUUCCCUCACACAGCUGGGAAGGAAUGGGCGCAAUGUCCCUGCCACCCUGGUGCUUGAAUCUAAGGAACUUGUUAAAUCUGUUCGUGCCAUACUUGAUAUGGAUUGUCUACCUUACGGGUGGGAGGAAGCUUACACAGCAGAUGGAAUCAAGUACUUCAUCAAUCAUGUAACACAGACCACAUCCUGGAUCCAUCCUGUGACAAGUGCAAUGAACAUGUCUUGCUUAGAGGAGAAUGAAGAUGAUUGCCCCAGAGAGCUUCCUGCCCAGAAGAACUGAUGAUUUUCUAUAGGAAACUGAGCUACAUGGUCUUCUGGAAUCUCCAACUACAUGGAUGACCUGAACAAAUACAUGUGACACCUAACUCUGAGAUGCCACAAUCUAAAAUAGGAAUAAAGCACACACUACUUGUUGAAGUUAUGAAAUAGAAAGUCUGGAUUUAGGCUAUUUUUGUAAAACUCUUUGAUGUCACUGUGUGCAUUUACAGGAUCAAUUGCCACUAGAGUAGUUCUUUAAGAAUAAUCUAGUCAUAUUUUUUUGAAAUCAUGUAUAAUUAGAUUUUAUAUUAUGUGUAAUUCUGUCAUAUAUAUUUAGACCAUUAUAAUUUUAUACAUAGUUUCUUUAUAGGGUAUCAGAUAUGGUGGUUUUAUAAUUAUCAUAAUGAAAAAUUAUGUGAACAUAGUGAAACACUUCAUUUUACUUGACCAUUCAUUAGCCUUUUAGAUUUGUAUCUUAGGGAAGUUAUUUUAGCAAGCUUUUUGGGUUUUUUUAAGGAUCACAUCUAGACAACUGUCCCACGGGCCACUGAAUACAGCUUACAUCUUUAUGGGGCUUUCCAGUUUACCAAAUGCUCUUCAGACCUUGUUUUAUUUAAACCAUACAACACUCCUAUGAGACAGAUCCAGUGGGUAUUUAUUCUUGUUUUUCAGUUAGGGAAAUGGCAAUUCAGAGAGAUGAAGCACCCUGUCCAGGGCUGGGACUCACACCUAGACCUUCUGAUUCUAAGUCCAGUCCCCUUUCCACCCCCCCAUCCUGCUGUCUCUACAGAGGGAGGUCAAGCCUGACAUGCAGGGCACUGUGGUUCUGUUGAUACAGCUGGCCCCACAGCUGUGCACCCCAGUGACCACAGAGAUUGAGAAGGCACCUCUUCCAUCAAACAUGUCCCCUUUAUAACCCUACUAGUUUCUCCUAUAAACCCUUCCCCCUUUUUUGUUCCAUCCUCUCCAACCCCCAAACACUCACCAGGUAGGAAUAUGGCUUUGUGAUGUUAUUUCAACAGGCUUCUUUCAGCAGUUCACCUCUUUCUAAAGUAAAGAGACUGGCUCACAUCAGUGAUUUGCCUUGCUUAGAUUGCCAUUGCCAGAUGGUGUGUUUGAGGGGAGUUGCAGAAAAGAGGGGUGCUGGAUACUCUUCUCCUAUCAGUAGGGAUAUGCCUACACUCCUCUGCUGUGAGUUCAAGGCUGAUUGUGUUAUUGCUGAUUGUACUUUAUUUUAGAGGACGACAACUAGACUAUUUCUAGAAGGAAUGAACAAUUGGUUGGGAAUUCUAAAGAUUUUCUUUAGUUUAAUGAUUUAAACUUGAGGAUGAGAAAUGGAACAUGGGGUGGGGAGGAAGUCAUUUUAAAUGUCCUGAGCCUUGGGUACCAACUGAAUUUAAAAUUUAAAAAAAAGGACUUAUUUUAUCCAAUAUUAUUAUUAUAUUGUUAGGUAAUAUACUUAGGGUAAAUAUGAGUAAGAAUCAUUAAUCAGAAUACCCUGUACCCAAACCAUGUCAGAUAACACAGAGAAGUUUCUAUUUGUCAACAUGGCUCCUUCCUUCCCUCCUUCCCUCUCUUUAAAAUACAGAGACUCUAGAAGGAACCUUGAGGCUCACCUAAUUUGAUGAUUUUCACACAUUUUUUUGUUGGAAAAAACUCGUUCUCCAAGUGAAUUCUUAUGCAGAAUAUAUAUAUAUAUAUAUGGAUUUUUUUUUUUUUUUUAAUAUUGCUACUCCUUGGAAUAAGAUGGAGACCUGGAGCUCAAAUAAAGCAGCCCCCAGCUGAGCUCCUUAGAACAUAGUGUGUGAACCAUCAGUUGGAACUGUAUUAUAGAUGAGUAAAUCGAGACCCUAAGAGAGAAAACAGCUGCAGGUUCACGCACUGAGUUAGUGGCUAGGUCAAGAUUAGGCCCACAUCCUAACUUUCUCAGUCACUGAAUUUCAUAUGACAUAAUACAGAUGUCUGUGGUAAAUAUAUGUAUACAUUGUUCUCACCCAUACAUAUGUAUAUACAUCCCUAAAUAUAUGUAGGAUUUAUAAUUUAUACCUUGAGUAAUAAUACGAAGUCAAAUCCAGACUGAUGGAUAGUCAUUAGCCCUGAGAAAAGUUUCAGAAUGGCUACAGAAGGCUUCCGUUUGGCCCGACAGUGAUUUGAAUAUUAGGAGGCUUGAGAAAAGCCCUGAGGGAGCUGUUUCCUUGUGUUCCCCCACAGGUGAGUGGGGUUCUCAUACACCUGAAGUUUACUUUUAUAAGUUAGUAUCUAGAAUUGUGAAAGUACCACCUUUUUGUUGUUGCAAAAUUAGUGGUAUGAAAUUUCCCUCCCCCUAUUAAGAAUGUUUUUCUCCUUUGUUUCUUGUGAAGAAAACAUAGAGGAGAUGCUAGAAUCACUUGAGAUCAAAGCCCUUGGGCACGCCUCUCACUGAAAAAGAUGCCUCAUCUUUUAACUUUGCUAUUUUGCGCCACUUUUCUCCCUGCUUCUAUCAAAUAGCUAAUGGAAAAAGGCCUAUGAAAAAUUGUGAUGACAUCAUUCUGUGCCAUACCUUCUGAUGGGUGGUUUGCAUGUACUAUCUCAUCAUCUUCUUAGAGCAAACCCAUGAGGUAGGAACUGUAACUAUCCUUAUCUUAUAAAGAAGAAACUGGGGCUUCGAGAGAGGUGAUAAUCUUUGUCUAAGGGUCACCCACCACCUAAGUAUAACACCUGUGGUUCAAAGGCACGUUUCUAUGACUCCAAAGCUCAUGCUCUAAGCCACUAUGCAGUGCUGCUUUGAUUUGUUGUGUGUGGCUCUGGGACAGAGCUGGGAUCUGUGGGUGCAUUUGUAAAGAGGCUUGAUCCACUUCAGCACGGUGAGGAACUUUCUGGUAGUUAGAGCUUAUCAGAAAAGAAUGCCCCAAGAAAAAGCAGAAGUACUGUCCCAGGCAGUGUUCAGCCAAUCCGAACACCUUACUGUGGGAAUGUUGCUAAGGAGAUGGAAGGUCUGAAAUGGCUGAACCAUUUGCAAGAUCUCUGAGACUCUCUCCUCUUUAUGAUUCUGUGACUUCUAAACCAGCAGGUAAACGCCCUAAGAGAUGCUCAAAAAAAACAUAAUGUGGACUCAUUAAGAAUCCUUUUCCAUUGCAAAUAGAACUCCCAGAUUAUUUUUUGGUGAGUUGACUUCAGUAUAGCCAGUCUUUCUUCAACAUAAAUCAACCUUGUCAACAUGGUCAUCUUAAACUCUUCCCCAUUAACCCACGGACUCAAUUUUAGGGUUAGAAAAUCUGAGAGUUCUUAUGUAUCUCCAUCUCACUUUGCUGAAGUGUGACUAGGGCUAACCACCUUACUCAUUAAUUACUCAGAAAAUACUGAGUACCCCCAGUGUGCCAGGCACUGUGUCAGGCACUAGUUGGCCAAGUAGGGCAAUAGCUAACCAUUAUUUCCUGUUCUGCUUAGUGUUGUUUAAAAUAAAAAAAUUAAAAAGUUUUUCAGAUGUUCAGUGUGGCCUGCCUUAAAUGGCUUUUCCUUUUUUAAAAAAAGUAAUUUUUCAUUGAAAAAAUUAAACAGUAUGGAGUUGAAUAAAGUAAAAAACAGCACACCUGAUUUUCCAGAGGUAUCCAUCAUUAAUACUUCUUGAGUAUUUUUACUCAAAGGAGAUCAUACUUACUUUUGACAUCUCAUAUCACUAAGUAGAUUGCUAUUUUUCAAUUUUCUGUAUAUAUCUUUACCCAAUUAACCCAUCAUUUGUAUAACCAGCAAUCUAUUGAUGAAUAUUUAAGCUGUUUUCAGUUUUCUUCUGCUACUAACAAUGUCCUAGUGAACUUUUAUAUUCAUUAAAUCUUUUUCCUCAGAUAUCUGUCCACUCUUAAGCAAACAUGAUUGUAGUGUAACUAAAUUAAUGAAAGUAAAUCACUAGGUUGAAGAUAUCCCCGUUGCCCUCGAGUUGAUUUUGAAUCAUAGGCACUCUGUAAGACAGAGUAGAAUACCCCGUAGAGUUUCCAAGGAGUGCCUGGUGGAUUCAAACUCCUGACCUUUUGGUUAGCAGCCAUAGCACUUAACCACUACACCACCAGGGUUUCCAGGUUAAAGAUAUACUCAUUUUAAUUUUGGUAGACAUUGAAAAAUUCUCCUCCAUAAAAAUGGGACCAAUUUGCACUACCACCCAUAGUAUAUGAAAGCUUCUUUUCUCUAUAUUAUAGGACUUUUUUAGUCCAAAUAUUGCCAAUAACUUUUCUGAUUAAUUUUUUUUGUCCUUGGAAAAAUGACCUUCUAUCAUUGUCUGAGAACCUAAAUUUUUUUAUUAUCAUGUUUCAUAUUUCCUUUAGCAGCAGAGCUGACUCACUGUUUAUAGGGUGACUAAUUACAUUCAUCUUUUCAGUUGAAAAUGUUAAAUUUUCCUAAUUUAUAUAUAAUGGGAGUAAAAACCAACCUUUAUAUGAGCUAACUUAGGUGAGAGCCCUUGGUAAAGUGCAAAGCACAAUACAAACACCUACACGUUCUUUGGGCAUUGGUUUCCCUGUCUAUAUAAUGAAGAUAAUAAUCUCCUGCCUCUUCUCAAACAAGGUCAACUCAGCAAACAUUUCCUGAGCAUCUACUAAAUGCCAGACAAGGUGCAAGGUUUUAGAGUUACCGAGAUGAAUAGUUCAAAUACCUAAUCGAGGAACUCAUAGUCUGGAGUCAAUUUGCAAAACCCAUUUUCUUUUCUUUUUUUCCCAAAACCUUUUAUUUUUCUUUUGAGUACUAAAAAGUUUAUUAAGAACCCCCCCAGGAGAGCCCCUUUAUCACUCUUUAAAUUUGCAAAAGUCCAAAAUAAUGUUAACAACAUCCCUUGACUAGAAAAUGAAAAAAAAAUAUUUUAAAAAAGAACAUACCAUAUGAAGGGCUCCUCCAAUAAUAAAUGCAAAAGCAGCUGUCAAAAUACAGAGUCAAAUGAUACUUUCAUAAAGUGUUUGCAAAGUUAGAAAAUAUUAUCCUUUUUCUGGGGGGAAUGAGAGAUUUUUAUUUUCUGUGCCAAAUGAAAUGCAAUUUUUUUCAAGGGUCAACAAACUUGACAUUUUUACAAUAUAUAGAAGAACUGAACUAACAUUAAAACAACUUACUAUAUUGCAUAUAACUUUCAAGAAGAUAAAAAACUCAAAUAGUAUCUGCAUGUGGAGCUUAACUUUAGAAAUGAAAUACCGAAGAUGUUUUAACUACAACUAUCCACAUGUAAUAUCAUUGUGCCUGCAUGAUGGUUUUGUAAAUAUUAAAUGCAGUUUUGUAUUUGCAUUCUUCAUGUGACUUUUUACAUUUAAACUAAUACUAUUUUUACAGUUUUUUUAAAGUUCAAUUUUUAUUCUCUUGGUGGAUGGUGUUGGUCUGAAGAAAGGGGCAUCAGAUCAGUAGCUCCCUCCCCCACCCCCAUUCCACCAUCACCAAAUUAUUCUCUAUCACAUCACCCUGUUUAUCUCAUUAAUAUUGUUUAUCAAGGGGUGUGAUACCGGAAAGUAUAUUUAUUCUUGACUUUUAGGUUUCCACAAUCUACCUCCUUAGAAGACUGAAAAGGACUCAUGAUUUAGAUGAAGGAUUUGAGAGCAUAUAUAAUGCUGUUGUUGUUGUUAGGUGCCAUUGAGCCUGUUCUGACUCAAAGCAACCCUGUAUACAACAGAAUAAAACACUCCCUGGUCCCACACCAUCCUCACAAUCAUUGUUUUGCUUGAGCUUAUUGUUGCAGCCACUACGUCAGUCCAUCUUGUUGAGGGUCUUCCUCUUUCUUGCUGACCCUCUGCUUUAUCAAGCAUGAUGGCCUUCUCUAGGGACUGAUCCCUCCUGGUGACAUAUCUGUCUUAGUUAUUUCAUGCUGCUAUAACAGAAAUAAUACAAGUGGAUGGCUUAAACAAAAGAAAUUGAUUCUCUCAGAGUCUAGGAGGCUAGAAGUCCAAAGUCAUGGUGCCAGCUCCAGGGGAAGGCUUUCUCUGUUUGUUGGGUCUGGAGGAAGGUCCUUGUCAUCAAUCUUCCCCUGGUCUAGGAGCUUCUCUGCACAGGAACCCCAGAUACAAAGGAUGUCCUUGCCACAUGUAAAACAUAUUCGCUUCAUCGUAUCGCAGCAAAGGUUUUAAAUCAGCUCCAAGACCAAAAAUCCAAAAACUCCUCUUCAUCUGUGAAAUCUAGAGUACAAGUUAUCUGCUUUCAAAGUACAAUGGUGGAAUGUCAUGGAUUGAGUUGUGUCCCCCAAAAAUGUGUCAACUUUGCUGGUCCAUGAUUUCUAGUAUUGUGUGAUUGUCCACCAUUUUGUAAUCUGAUGUGAUUUUCCUAUGUGUUAUAAAUUCUAACUCUAUGAUGUUAAUGAGGUGGAAUUAGCAGCAGUUAUGUUAAUGAGACAAGACUCAAUCUACAAGAUUAGGUUAUGUUUUAAAUCAGCCUCUUGAGAAAAAGAGAGAAGCAAGCAGAGAGACAUGGGGACCUCAUACCACCAAGAAAUGAGCCAAGAGAAUAGCACAUCGUUUAGACCCGGGGUCCCUGCACUGAGAAGCUCCUAGUCCAGGGGAAGAUUGAUGACAAGGACCUUCCCCCAGAGCCAACAGAGAAACCCAUCCCCUGGAGCUGGCGCCUGAAUUUGGACUUCUAGCCUCCUAAACUGUGAGAGGAUAAAUUUCUCUUUAUUGAAGCCAUUCACUUGUAUUUCUGUUAUAGCAGCACUAGAUAACCAAGACAAUGUCCAAAGUAUAUAUAUAUAUAAAGGGAAGAGCAAUACUUUCCUACUCUGUGUCUAGAAAAAUAAUUCCCCUGACUGUGAGGAGGGAAGUUGUUGUUGUUAGGUGCUGUCAAGUCAGUUCCAACUCAUAGGGACCCUGUGUACAACAGAAUGAAUCACUGCCCUGAUUCAUUCUGUUGUAUAUAGGAGGGGGGAAGACAGAGUAAAAAUGUUGGUGGGGCUCAGAGAAAAGGGCUCAGACCCACCUCCUGGACUAAGUUCCAGAAAGCAGAAAAACCACAAAUACAUUUAUUGGUUUUGAGAGUAGAGGAAACCCAUUAUUCACUGUCCCCUAGGAUAGAAAAGAUUACAUGGUGUAUACAGGCAGAUGGAGCCUUGGACAACUUCAGUGAGUUUCCUCCGGCCACAGUGGAGAAUCAUACUGAUUUCCAUGAACCCAAAAGGAGCACAGAAGUAGCAUGUAGACCUGCUGGACCUGACUGAGGAUCAUUUCCAUGCUAAUCCACAUGACCUCUCAGUGGAACCCAGUUUAGACAAUGACAUCAGACCAUCCAGUCCCAGAAUGCCAUGGCACUACGUAGGCCCCCAGAGCUUACCGAAGAAAGGAGGAAACUUCCAAGUUGAUUGAGAUUAGAGUAGAUCAAAUUUUGAAGAAAUGCAAGAGAAUGAUUUGGGUAUAGAUAAAAAAAAGAUGAGUAGAUAAAACCUUGAAGCAAAAUAACAAGGUUAGUACAUUUCAAAGCAGGAGCAUUCAAAGUUAUGUUCUUAUAGGUUAAUCAGUCACGAUACUGAAGAAUUGAUUUGGCACAAGGGAGCUGUGUAUUGCCACAGUACUCUGAAAGUGCAGAAAUUAUCCCAUCUAUAAAUAAGCCCGCUGGAAUUACUUGACUGUUCUUUUUCACAAUGGAGAAACUCAUCUUUUGUCAGAAAACUAUAGGAAGUUAAAACAGGAAGACAAAACAAGUUGGGUGGAUAAUAAAGUUACCUUAGAAUUUAGAUAAUUCAGAUCAGUAUUUCUCUGGAAUAGAAUAUGAAAAGAUGUUUGUGGGCAUAACACAAAACUUACCAUAAACAUGGAGUGGGAGGAGGCUGGAGACACAGUCCUCUUCUCUUUCUUUGGACCCUGGUAGCACCUCAACACUUUCUACAAGUGGAAGGAGCCUGAGCAUGAGUUCUAGAGACUUACCUAAGUCUCUCCCCGUCCCUGUAAAAGGAGGGGUUGGCUUAGAUGAGUUCUACAGUCCUUCAGAGUGGGUACCUGGGACCCAGCUCAGAUCCUUGCCAUAGAUACAGGAUUACCAAACAUCUUGGCUUUCCUAGGCCUGAGGGUGUUCCUGGGAUCAGGAAACUUCAGUCCCUGGGAAAUAGGAAUAAAUUGAUCAUCCUAACUUGACUUGGGAAAGUCACAUAACUUAUCUGAGCCUCAGUUUUCUCAUAUAUAAAAUAGAAAGAAUACUUGCCCUGACUACUCCAGAUUAGCAUGAAAUUCAAACUUUAAAUUAUAAAUUCUAUAUAAAUGUGAGUUGGUGGCAUUAUUACUAACAUUAAAACAAAACGACUUAAAAGACAGUCUUAAAAUUUAUAAAAAGGGCAAGUGUUAUCAAAGGAAAUCGUGCAGUUGGAAUGUGUGUGUGUGUGCGUGUACAUCUAAUUGCAAGCUUUGAUGAGGUUGUCAGUUUCAAUUUUGGGACUGUAAGAAUAUAUUUUAAGAAGCCCUGGUUGCGCUGUGAUUAAGCACUCAGCAGCUAACCAAAAUGUCGGCAGUUUGAACCCACCAGCCCCUCUGCAAGAAAAAUAGGUGGCAGUCUGCUUCUGUAAAGAUUACAGCCUUGGAAACCCUAUGGGGUGGUUCGACUCUGUCCUACAAAGUUGCUAUUCAUCAGAAUCUGCUCGACGGCAACAGGUACAGGUAAGAAUAUACGCACCUAGAAAUAUAGCUUUUGUUUUUGGCAACUGUCCACUAGGAAUUUUUAGUUACCUGGAUCCUAGGACAUGGUAGGGAAGUACUUCUCAACCUUGGCUGCACACUGAAAUCACCUGGGGGUCUUUAAAAUGUAGAUGCCUGGCUCCUAGUCCCAGAGAUUCAGAUUUAAUGGGUCUGGGGUUUGACUAGGCUUUGUAAGUUUUAAAAUCUCCCAGGUGAUUCUAAUGUGUAGCCAAGGGACUCAAUAUAUCAGGCUUAAGAGUUACCUUAGAAAUUGUGCCUCUUGGAAGUUUGCUCUCACUACUAACCCAGAUCAGUCAAUGGUAUCUAAAAUCUGGUGAGCUCACUCCACAGAAUUGCUUAGGUAUGCCUCUAAGAGAGUUGACUUCUGAUCUCAAUAGGACAAUAACUCACAUCUACAAAGAACAACCAAGAGUGAUGAGAGUCACCCAGGGUAGUUAAUACUAUGGUUAUUACUGUUCUUAUUAUUGCAGGGGACAGUUGGAGGUGGGAGAAAAGGAGUCACAAUUUUCAUGUACAUGGUACCAUGUAUCUUAUUCAAAUGAACUCUAAAACCUCGUGAUAAGAAGUGGUCAAAAGUGACCAAUAUCAGGCUUAGUGUCCAGUGGAGAGGGAUUCCCUAGUCAACAAAGGAAAUUCACAUGAGGAGGCCAUUCACAGGUUAUUCCCUGUUGAUAGCUGUAUAAUCUUGAUUGAAUAUUGCAAGAAAUGAGAUUUUUUCUUUUAAUUUAUAAUUUUUUAGUGGUUAUGAAUAGAGCUGCUAUAAACAUCUGUGUGCUUGUUUUUGUGUGCCCUAAGUUUACAUUCUCUAGGAUAAAUACACAGAAGUAGGAUUGUUCUAUCAUAUGGUGUGUUAGUUUUCUAUUGUUGCCAUAACAAAUUACCACCAACGUAGAAGCUUAAACAAUACAAAUUUGUUAUUUCAUAGUUCUGUAGGUCAGAAGUCCAGCACAGGUCUUACCAGGCCAAAACCAAGGUGUCAGCCAGGCUGGUUUUCUUUCUGGACGCUCUGGGAGAUAAUUCAUUUCCUUCCUUAUUCAGGUUUUUAGCAAAAUUCAGUUCCUUGCGGUUGUAGAACUGUGGCCCCCUUCUACCACCUUCAAAGCCAGCAAUGGCCGGUCAAGUCUUUAUCAUGUUGCCUCUCUCUGUGACCCUUCUUGUAUCCUCUUUGACCCUUCUUCCAUUGUCACAACUCUCUCUGAUCCAGCCAGGAAAGGUUCUCUUAAGGAUUCAUGUGAUUAUAUUGGGCCCAUCCAGAUAAUCCAGGGUUAUCUCACCAUCUCAAAGUACCCUUAACACCACCUACAAAGUCCCUUUUGCCUUAUAAGGUAACAUAUUUACAGGUUCUGAGGAUUAGGGCAUGGAUAUCUUUGGGGGGGAGGCAUUAUUCUAUCUACUUAUCUUCUUAAGAAGCUUCCAUGCUGUUUUCUAGAAUGAAUAUACCAUUUUCAUCCCCAUCAGUAGUGUAUGAGAGUUCCAGUUGCUUCACAUCCUUGCCAGCACUUGACAUUGUUAGUAUUUUUUAUUGUAGCCAUUCUUGUAGGUGUGUAAUGGUGGCUCACUGAGAUUUUAAUUUCUAUUUUCCUUGUGAAUAAUGAUGUUAAAUAACAUUUCAUGUGUUUAUUUGCAUCCGAAAUCCGUGUAUAAUUUUUGGUUAAGUAUUAGUCUUU